CUGUUCUGCAAGUGACAACCGGAGUCAUGUCAACUCUCAAGAUUAACCAGAGUGUGAUGCAAGCGGCCCUCAGUCCGGACAUGUUGGCUACUGACUUGGCCUACUACCUUGUGAGGCAGGGGGUGCCGUUCAGAGAGGCCCAUGGUAUCUCUGGAAAAGCGGUGUUUGCUGCUGAAUCCAAAAAUGUCGCCCUGAAUCAACUCACUUUGGAAGACCUGAGUGCUCUUAGCCCUCUGUUUGGAAGUGACGUGUCCUUGGUGUGGGACUACAGCAGCAGUGUGGAGCAAUAUCAGGCCCCUGGAGGCACGGCCAAGAGUAGCGUUUCUGCACAGUUAGACCACCUGAGGGACUGGCUUAAGAAACAGACGCAUUGACAUCCACCCAAUUCCACCAUAACAAUUUGAAUCAGGUUUGCUGCCAACAUUUAGGUUGGUAUGAAAUGUCAGUUUGAGGUCAAGAGACUUAUUCAUUCAUUUUAGUUGGUUGGUAUUUAACCAAGGGAUGUUUGAAAUUGUUACAAAGGGCUGGAGUAAAAUAGUUUACGAAAUAAAUAAAUGUUACUGAAACAAUGUUUUACAGCUGUGUCAUUAAAGCUGAUUGAUUUCCACCACACAUCAUUAAGGUAAUUUAUCUUUCUUUUCAAACCCACACAGACUCAAGGUGGUGAGGUUUAUUGGCAUAACAAUACAUUUGUUGAUUCAUGAAAGUCAAGAAAUUGUUCAAACAUGGACUAUCUCCACAAAGUAACAGCUAUGUCAGUAAAAUAGGUUUUCUAGUUAGUUUAUUGGUUACGUUUAGAGCAUCAGUGUCAAUUAUAAGUCC